CCACCGGACUUGUUUUCGCCUUCGAGUGGCGGAUCCGCCAAGACUUUCUCCUCCCCCCCCAGCCAGCUGCUUAGUCACUAGAUGCCUUGUUUUCAGACCUGAAAAAUUUGGCAGUCAGUCCUUCCGCGUUAAGGAACCAACAUCCAUCCUCCCCCAGAGCCACCGACCCCCCGAACACACCAAGCGACAUCGCCGGCCGUUUUAUACCACCCCAGUCCCGCGUUUUUCGAGGUGUCACCCUCUUCACUGACCUUCUCUAGCUGCGCUAUGGGUGACGGCUCUGAUUAUCCUAGUCCACGAAGCGAAGGUCCCGGCGGACCUACCUCUGUUCUAGUCCCUGCUCAAGAAUCGCUCUCUCCAGCUCCAGCUCCAGCUCCCAAGAUGAACGACCAACUGUCUCCUACCUUCAUGGAAGGCACGCGCCCGCGACUGUCGGUGAGACGAGCGCGCGAUCCGCCCAAGAACACCGCCGGGCAGAUCUACUGCGACCACCCCGAGUGCCAGCACGCUCCUCCCACCUUCCGUCGUCCAUGUGAAUGGAACAAACACAUGGACAAGCACGACCGCCCUUACAAGUGCCUGGAACCCGGAUGCGACAAGAUCCAAGGCUUCACCUACUCUGGCGGUCUGCUGAGGCACCAGCGCGAGGUGCAUAAGAAGAACAUCAACGCCAAGAAACCGUUGAUGUGUCCCUAUACCGACUGCAACCGCAGCACCGGCAAUGGGUUCACGCGUCAGGAAAACCUGAAGGAGCACCUCCGCCGCCGCCACAUGCAUACUGAGAACGGGCAUGCGUCAGACCUGCCCAUAGCCCCGUCACCUGAGCUAGAUGGCACCACGACUCUGGCGACUGCCUCGGCCGCCAUCAAACGCAAGCGCGACUCCAUUGGCGAGGACCCCACCCUGGAGCUUCCUGAAGAGGAAGAGAACGGCGUGGAUCUUCGCAACGAGCUGAAGAGGCUGCGCCGCGAGGUUCAAGAGAAGGACCGCCGGCUGGAGGAGUUGGAACGCAUCGUGGCUGGGUUGCAGCAAGCCAUCCCCCAGCCCGCAGCGCCCCAGGGCUAGAUGCAUGCGCUGGAUUGAUUGUUUCUCCAGUGGUAUCAGCUAUACUGUUGUGGCUUUGCCUUCUUCCUUCCCUCCCCAUCUGUGUUUCUUUCUUUCUCUUUCUCCCUCACCCUCCCCGUCGUCACCCUUCCUCCCCCCCUCCCCCCACCUCUGUGGCUCAGAAUCUCUUCCUUUCCUGUUUGUUGUAUGAAAUUUGCAUUCUCUGGGCGUUUUAAAGA